AUGGGUUUUCGUUUACCUCUUUUUGAAUUGCUACCUGUCCUCAUCAGUUGCUUGUCUGCUUUCAGUGCAUCACGCUAUCGUAACGCGAUGGAAGAAGAUGACGAUUGGCGGCAGUGUGCGGAGUGGCUCAAUCGCUGCCAAAUAAUUCCUGAUGGCCAUCCGGCUUUGGGUCCCUCGGGGAACGCGUUGCAUCUUGUCCAGGCCUUGAUGGACGGUGUGGCCUUGUGCCAUGUGUUGAGCACAUUGUCUUGCGGCGAGAUCGAUAUUCGGUCUAUGAAAGAUUUUAGCCCCAGCCCGCAAAAUUCGCAGUUUCUAUGCUGUCAAAAUAUCCGAUUAUUUACACAGUUAUGCGAGAAAGAGUUUGACAUUCCAAAACCGUUUUUGGUUCAGCCGAAUGACAUUUAUCAGGCAAAGAACUUUGGAAAAGCAAUUGCCCUACUCUCCAAGUUGUCACUUUCUCCACGGGCUCAGUUAUCUGGGAUCACCGGAUUUCCUCCAGACAACUCGCAACUUCAAUCAGCUCACGAGUACUACAAUAACCUCGAGGAAAUUGCGGCCACAUUGGAUAAGUUGCCCGAACCCAGCCGUACAAAUUAUGCUCAGAUGGAAGAGGAAACGAAAGAAAAAUUGUACGACACGGUGGUUCACCAGGGCACCAAAUCUGUCUACAAUGCCAGUUCCGAAUCGACCACCGCACGGAGCAGUUGUAUUCGGGAGAUUGUGGACACGGAAAAGAACUAUGUGGAACUGUUGAAAAUGCUACUGGAGAAGUAUAAAAUCCCGCUGACUGGGGUACUUUCCCCGGAGGAACUGGAGGAAGUGAUGAAAUAUAUUGACAGUUUGCACAGUGUACAUCGUGACUUGCUCAGUGAUCUGAGUUUGGCCACCAGUCCGAAUAUGAACUUCAUCAGUAUCAGUGAGGUGUUUCUCAAGGCCCGGGAUAGUUUGCUCAUCUACGGCGAGUAUUGCGGUCACGUGCAACGUGCGCAAUCUCUCGUGCUCGAACUGAUGCGUAACGAUGUGGAAAAACGCACCCGGAUCGAGGUAAGUCAUUGA